AUGUUUCGCAGUGGCAACAGAGAUCAUGGAUAUCUAAAAGAUCGUGCGAUCUUGGCGCCAACUUUGGAUGUUGUAGAUACAAUAAAUGAAUACAUGAAUGACUAUAACAAUGCUGCAGGAAGGACGUAUCUCAGUUGUGAUUCAGUAUGCAAAUAUGAUUUGAAUGUUGACAUGCUUGCUGAUCUGCACACCCCGGAAUUUUUAAAUGGCUUACGAUGUUCUGGAGUUCCAAAUCACUCUUUGACUCUAAAAGUUGGCUCGCCAAUUAUGCUUUUGAGAAAUAUUGAUCACUCAUUGGGAUUGUGCAAUGGUACAAGGAUGAUUAUUUCAAUGUUGGUUGAUCAUAUUAUAGAAGGGUGA